AACGGAAGCGGAAGUGAUGGAGAAAGCAAGGGGGAGGAGUCGUUCUUGUGCCCAGUUGUAAUGUUUACUUCCGCCCCGCCUACUGGGUUGGCGGGGUGUAGCACGUGGGCUUUGGUGCCUGGGGUUCACUGAAGUAGUACCCCGGGUCAUCUUUGGGAGAGACCUUGGAGACAAGGAUGUGGGGCCCAGCAACGGUGCUUCCGUCGCGGUUGACACUGUCAGUUUUGCCGGGUGCUGGUCGCUUUUGCUUUUGGAGGUUUGGAGCAGCGAUGCGGAAAGACUUGGCAGUUCCUCGUCGUGGCUUGAGUAGCUCCUGUCCGCAGCCGCUGCGGCACAGGGAACUCAAGCAGUUGUCCCAUCAGCGCUAUAACCGCUUGUAUGUUGGGAAGUCCAUAAGCAGCCCGAAACUGGCUGCGACCGUGGCAGAAAUCCUGCAAUUGGAAGAAAAAGCACGUCACGAGGUAAUCAUGGAGUGCAGUCCAGGUCGUGGAAUCCUGACUAAGGCAUUACUAGAAACUGGUGCCUCAGUGAUUGCGCUUGAAAGUCAGAAAAACUUUAUUCCACAUUUGAAGUCCUUAGAUGAAAAGCGGAAUGGAAAACUCAAAGUGGUCCACUGUGACUUUUUUAAAAUGGAUCCCAGCAAUUGUAAUACGGUGAAACCACCCAUCAUGCUUUCUCAAGAGCUUUUCCCGACUUUGGGAAUAAAAGCAAACUCCUGGCUGGAAGAUACUCCUUUUAAAAUAGUUGGAAUGUUCCCUAUAAAUAAUGAGAUAAAGGCACUCUGGAAACUGUUACAUGAUCUGUACACUUGUUCUUCCAUAUUUAGCUAUGGCCGAGUAGAAGUAUAUAUGUUUAUUAGUGAAAACCAGUUUGAGAAACUAAUCGCAGGUCCCACAAAGCCAGAGUUGUAUCAUGUAUUAAGUGUGCUUUGGCAGUUAUCUUGUGAGAUGAAGCUGCUGCUUCAAAAGGUACCGCUUUCACUAUUUGAAAUGUACACCAGGGAUGGACUACUAGUUCAAAAGACUCCAGUAAAACCUCAAAACCAAUGUUUCAUUCAAAUGAUUCCUCGUAAAGAUUUAUUUACAGAAUAUUUAACUCCUAUUAACUAUGAUAUAUUUUUUCACAUGAUGAAACAAUGUUUUGGGAGGCGCAGUGCCUUGCUAAUUCAACAUUUACAUUCCUUGACUCCAUGUGAUCCAUUGACUAUAAUGAAUAAAGCAAAAAUUAAAGCUAGUGUGAAGCCAUCUGAUAUCUACCCUCAGGACUUUAAACGCCUUUUCAAAGCUAUAGAAUGUUCCAGUGAUGAUGACAGUAAAUGGCUGUAUGAUAGAGUCACAGAGGAAGUACGAUGUUAGGGCAAAAGACCAUUAAGACAUUGACUGCAGUUUAUUUGGAAAACACGACACAGAUGAAAAAACUGCAUUGCAGAGCAGACGUCUCUUCAACAGAAGAUAGCGGGGCUGGGGAUUUAGCUCAGCCUCAUAAGCGCCUGCCUUGCAAGCGCACCGUUGUGAGUUCGAUCCCUGUACCGAUUAAAAAAAGAACCCCAGAAGAUAGCUGUUCCUGUUCAGCAGACUAGGAAACUCAUUGCUACAGUUGAUGCCAUUGACAUGUUGGCUACAACGACAGCUGUUUUAUUCACAAGUGAAUAAAAGAAGACUUCAGUUAAUUAUGGAUUGAUCAGAUUGAAUUUGUUUUGUUGUAAAUUCCCACCUACCAUAGUGGUGGAGGUAUUGCUCAGUUGUAAAAUGUGUGCUUAGUGUGCACAAGGCUGUGAAAGCACAAGGCACUAAAAAAAUUCUUAAUGCUAUCUACUGUAAACAUAAUGGCCAUCUUAAUUACCGAUUGAAAUGUAUGUGCUUUUAAAAAUUCUUCUGGCCAAACAGCUUACAUUGUGUUUAAUUUAUUCCUCUUUUGGGGCCAGGUGUGGUGGCACCUACAAUCCCAGCACUCAGGAGGCUGAGGCAGGAGGAUCAUUGCAAGUUUGAAAGUAGCCUAGUCUACCAAGUGAGCCCAAGGCCAUCCUGAACUGCAUAGUGAGACCCUGUCUCAAAAAGACAAAAAAAAUUCCUCUUUCACCCUUCCUAAAUUUUGCAUUCUUGGGGUACAGAAGAGUUGGUAUGAUAUUAAAUUUACAAAGUAAAUGUAUUUAAGUAGUUUAUUUUCUGUUUUCUGACAUGUAUUAGCUACUGUGCAAUGAAAUUAUUUAAAUUUUAAUAACUUCAGAAAUUAAAAUAUUUUAGGUAA